AUGGAAGAGGAGAUUGACACAAAUUAUAUGUGUUUCCCUACGGCAUAUGAAUUAUGGGAAAACAUAAAUCAGAUGUACUCUGAUUUGGAGAAUCAGUCCCAAAUCUUUGAGUUGACUCUCAAACUUGGUGAAUUGCGGCAAGGAGAAGAACCAGUCACCAAGUAUUUCAACUCCUUGAAGAGGAUCUGGCAGGACCUUGAUCUUUUUUAUGCAUAUGAGUGGAAGAAUGUUGAAGAUGGACAAUACCACAAGAAAACAAUGGAAGACAGUCGUAUCUUCAAAUUUUUGGCUGGCCUCAAUGUUGAGUUCGAUGGGGUAAGAAGAAGAAUCAUUGGUAGGAGACCACUACCAUCCCUCGGUGAAGUCUUCUCCAAAGUUAGAAGGGAGGAGAGCCGGAGGAAUGUUAUGCUUGGCAAAAAAGAACCUACGACUAUCAUUGAAGGUUCAACCCUUACCUCUACAGGCUCAAACAUACGCAGAGACACUGCCAAUCUACGUAAACCAGAAGAAAAGUCAGUUCUGUGGUGCGACUUUUGCAGCAAGCCACGUCACACCCGAGAAACCUGCUGUAAAAUUCAUGGCAAACCUGCCAACUUUAAAAGCAAAUCAGGUGAGAAAAAUGAACGUAUCUUUCCCACUGCGAAUGAGGCAAUGACUACUGCCAGCGCAGCAACUUCUAGCACUGUUAACUUCAAACCCAUCAUCCAGUACUCUUAA